CGUUUCCUGAAUAUCGUCAGCUCCAAGCCUCUUGCUGUCUCAGCAUUCAUGGCAUCGACACCGGCUACUUUGGAACAGGCUCUAGCACAAGAGCUACCAGAGGGGCUGCGCUUCAUAUUUCACCACAUCUCAACAACUCCCACUAGAUGCGAUGCCAUAUUUGCAGCAGCGCCUCAGACAAAGCCCGACAGAACAUACUGCGAAUCGCAUCUUCUGAACGUGUCAAUUGCACCCAAAGGCGGAGCUCAGGAUGAGCGACUGAUUGUCCUUGCGAUUGAGAUUCAGAUAUACACUACGAAUCGUCUGACCACAAUCUUCGUCUCCAAGGCUGACACCACCGGGUAUCUCUCCGUCGCGAAUUAUCCUCGAUCGAGAGUUUCUGUAGCCAGAGCUGUGUCGAAGGCCUUCAUAGGAUACCUUGCAACAAACAGGCAAAGACCUGGGAAGAGACUAGUCAUCUCACUCUUCGCUCGUGCACAAGACCAAUACCUGUUCCCUGGGAGCAUUGACAAUGGGCUGAAACAUGUUCUGGACGACCGAGGGUUGAUCAAGUGGUGGUGUCGUGUGCUUGACCCUAUCUUGAAGGACUACAACCCAAAGACCAAUCCGACAAUCCAAGAGUUGGAAGGUGGUGCUGAAAUGGACACGGACAAGUCCACAGCCCAUGGAUAUCUGAUCGUGCCGGGACUGGAACUCUAUGAAACACUUCGUUACUUCCCCUCGCCAAAUACCCAAUGGACACAUGGAGACCCUCUGCGAGAGAUUUCUCAGAACCCAAACGCACCUCCGCGCUCAUUGAUUCCUCAUUUCCCAGACGAUCCAAAGGCGCGUUAUCUUGAUGAACUGGACAUUGAGCUUCCGGACCGGAACGCUUCAACAUUGAAAACUCCAACUCACUCUGACGGACAGUGGAAAAGCAUCAAGACCCUCGAACAAUUCUGGGAAAUGAUGUCCUACCGCCAGGAGUGCUCGUCCGGCCGUCUAGUAGGGUUCAUUUGGGUGGUAGUCACACCGCCUGAUCUAUCGACCCAUGGCGAUGAAGCAGCUACUGUUGGAGAGAAACAGACCUCACUUUCCUCUAUGGUCAACCCCUUGCCUCCUGUGAAGUCAACACAUCCAAAGAAUGCCCUAAGAAAUACAUAUUCUCCAGCCCGCGCGUGUGGAGUGAGACGCCCAAAGCCGAAAUCUACAGGGCGGCCAAAACUAUGUGGUCCCAUCAAACCGCGUCUCCCGAAGAUCAAAUCUGCGUCCUCAGGGUCAUCCUCGAAUUCACAGCCUGAAUCUACACCAUACUAUUGGUGGCCGAUCGCAGGACGCGGCGAGCUUGUCUUCGGUCCAAAAGACUAUCAACGUGCACUUGAUAUACUUCUCAACCAAAAUUUCACAGACCGCGAUAAAGCAGGUCGAAGUACUCGAAAAUGGACCGAGGAGGUAGGUCUAUUAGGAGGACGUGACAAGGCAGCAUGGGGCUUGGAAGUAGCGGGGACGCAGACUGCAGUGAAUACCACCACAGAAACAGGUGACGUGACUGGUGUCAAUACUCUUGAUAUAACGAUCAUGAAAAAAAAGCGCAAGGUCGAUGUGUGCGAGGAGGUGAGCAAUGAACCACCGACGUUGAACGCGGGAUUGGUGCGCAAGAAAGCGGCGAAUCAAGUGGACGUUUCGCAGAAGGCGGCAUGUGACCAUGAUGUGAAUGUGCUUGGAGGUGGACUGGUCAGGAAGAAACCAAAGACGUAAAGAUUAUGAGAUACGCGAUCAUCGGGAUGGGUUCCUAGGAUGCAUCUAAUUAUUCAUUGCAGCGCGCCAGGGAGUAUCAACGGUAAGAAAGUGCAUUGGAUCGGCGCAUAGGCAAAAUCGAAUCAUUGGGUAUUAUUAGCAUGGAGCUUAUUUGAGGCGCGCCGCGACGCACGUACAUUGCUCGCGUUGACAUAGAAUGCUGCAUACUUUCCGUAG